AUGAAUUCAUUUGAUCUUAAUGUGAAUGACGAUGAAAUUACUACUAAUUUAAGUAAACGACCUAUCGGUGUGAAAAAGGCAAAAGAAAAACAAAAAAGUGAUGACCAAUUUAAAAAAUUAAUGGAGCAAAAUCAAAAGCUUGUCGAAGUUAUAGAAAAGGGUAACUCAGAAAGGAAUGAAAUUCGACGACAGAAGGUUGAAUUGGCUAAAAUGAAAGAAGAGAAUAAAAUACUAUUUACGGAUUUGAAUUCUAUAUCCGAUCCAGAUUUUCGCCAGUUUAUUCAAAAUAAAAAGAGACAAAUUUACAAAAGAAGAGCACAAACAUCUAAAUAUGGUGAACAAAGAGAAGGUUCUCGAUAUCAAGGAUCCCAAUAUCGAGCAUCUCAUAAUGAAGGAUCUCGAUUUAAUGAAGCUCACGGAGAAGGAGCUACAGAUGAAGGCCAAGGAUCUGAGACGAACCUCCCAGGAAAUUUUAGUCAAUACUUUGAUUAUCUUAAUGGAACGAAAAAUGAUUUCCCAAAUUAUUAA